ACACACACACACACACACACACACACACACACAAACACACAGAGUCAGAGAGAUGGGUUGAGGAGGAGUGUGUGUUUCCUUCUUGAGGCAGAAUCGGAGCCACUUCAGCACGCCUGCGCUGCAGCCUCAUCAUAACAACUACAGGACCCCCUGCUCUGGAUGGAUCGAACCGUCUCCGCGCACCACGCACCGCGGAAUCUCACCCACGAGCCGGGUGUCAAUCAAACAGGGAGCAGAGAGGAGAGAAAAAACUGGGUCAGAUGUUUCCCUCUUUCUUUUCUUCCUCGACGUGCGUGAGAGCGGAGGCGCACCUGCGAGCGCGUCUGCUCCUCUUUGCUCCUCGCUGACGAGAGCCCCAGUUGGGCUGUUGCUGCUGCUGCCGCUGCUUGGCUGAGGCUGCACACAGUUUGCAGACUGGUCCAGUGGAGUGGGGAAAAGAAACAGACAGAAAGAGAAAGAGAGAGAGAGAGAGAGAGAGAGAGAGAGAGAGAGAGAGAGAGAGAGAGAGGAGUGGGGGGAGCUGGGACUGGAUGGAUACCUCUCUUCUUCUGGCGCUCUACAGGCGCUCAUUCAUUUAUUUAAGCCCGACCGACGACAGCAUGCCAAGCACAGACUCCAGCGGUGGAGCUCGGUCAGUCUGAUACAACUGUCUCUCAGUCUGUCUCUGUCUGUCCCUCUCUCACACUUCUCCCACGGAGCCAUCCUCAUCCUGUCCUCUCUUCCCAACAGGGGACAGGAGUGAGACUUCCUGCUCCGGCCGCGCGCUCUCACCUGCGCAACAACAUCCGUGAGUGGCACCACUUCAUCUGGCGACCUCCGGAACACCACCGACGACACCCACCCAGGACCUGAGGACACUGAGGAAACUCGCUCCAUGGGCCCCAAACCCCGAGAGGCCCCCGGGAUGGCGUGCAGCGCGUGUUACUACCUGGUCAUCAGCUCAACGCACCUGAGCAAUGGACACUUCAGGCGCGUAAAGGGGGUCUUCAGAGGACCACUGUGUCCAACUGCAACCAGUGAUUCACCGGAGCGUGCAGAGGGGGCUUUGGGCUGCUCAUUGGAGGAUUUGAAGUCUCUUUUCUAUUGUGAGCUGUGUGACAAGCAGUACCUCAGACACCAGGAGUUUGACAACCACAUCAACUCCUACGACCAUGCACACAAACAGAGGCUGAAGGACCUCAAGCAUCGGGAGUUUGCUCGCAACGUGGCCUCGAAAUCAUGGAAGGACCAGCGCAAACAGGAGAAGGCUCUCAGACGCCUGCACCAACUUGCACAGCUGCAACAGGAAACUCAGCGAGUCCCGGGGAGGACUUACGGGCUGAGAAGUACAGUCAGGGCUGUGUGCCAGUCGCAAGAUAGAGACGUGGACCAAAGACACCACAGCCCUGACCACAAACCUCAACCUUUCAACCACACCCAGAGACCCCGUCCUGCGCAAUCCAGGACAGCUCGUCUCCAGGGAGAAGAUCCAUGCCGAUCUCUGUGCCAAAUACCGUUGGCUACUGCUCCAGCAGAGUCCCCACUAAUCGCACAUCCGGAAUCCAACAUAGACCCUCAUGCAGUGAACCCGCCGCCCUGCCCAGGCUUGUAUCCACAGCUGCCUCUCCCUGGGCGGGAGAGAGUGGGAGGCAGACUUGGGGUGUCCUUCUGCUUCUCACGCAGGGGACCCAGGCUGGAGCCUUCUGCGUCCGUCUUCUCGGACCUCGAGGAGGAGGAGCGAGAGAAGAGGGAGCAGAUGAAAGAAAGGAUAAAGGGAAUAAUGGAAGAUAUGGACAGGGAGAUUGGCGCAGCAGAGGAGAGGAAGCACAGUAAGUCUGGCUCUAGCAGUGUUAGGCCAAGCGAUAUGGGGCUAAUCCCUGGGGAGACUGUGGGAGAAGAGGAAGAGACAGAAAAUACAGGCUUUGUGAAAGAACACUCUCCUGUUUCCACGGAAUCACCUGAUAACCAGAGCCACAAUUCAUUAUCGUCACCAUCAGAGACCCAGGUGACCACAUGGGGCGGGGAGCUAGCAGGGUCACACAUGGACACCGAGAACACAGACAGCGAGACAGAGCGAAAGCCAGGAACAGAGACGGGGAGGGAGGAGAGUCAGCACGUGUGUGUGCUGGGGAGAGAUGGCUCCACUCCUCUAAGAUGGCCUGUCACUUUACUGAAGUUCACCAAGUCCCAACCACACAUUUCCUACAGCUGCAACCCACUCUGCCUGAGCCCCCCACGACCAGAGCCACUCACAGACGAUCUGCAGGAGUCACAACAGAAUCGGUUGUGUGCUCUCUCAGAUGAAUCAAACCCCCGUGUGUCAGUUAUUCUCACAUCAGACGCUCACUCCUGUUUACAAAGACAGACAAGACGUGAGUUGAGAGCAGCGGGACAGAAAAUAGCUGAGGAGAAUUUCAAGACGGAGCAACAUAUCGCUGCGGAGACGAAAGCACACCUGUUCCUAAGAAAACACCUUUCAUCAUCCGAAACAGGACGAGGAAGGGAAAGCUGCAGUCUAAGUAUGGAUACCUGUGAGAGGGCAGCCUCCCAUCCAUUUGACCCUGCCCAUAGUGACAGCUCAGACACAAACUCCCAGAAUCCUCCGGGAAGCAGAUUAGGGGGUGCGAGAGGGAUCGGGGAGAGAACCAUCACAGCCCUGAGCUGUAAAUUAGAGUCUGUCACCCAGUCUGGCACACAGGGGAUAUGCAUUAGCCCAUCCAGGUGUGAGUGUGGGAGUGAGGCAACGUGCGAGUGUGCCAGCGCUGCGCAGCCGUUCGUGGGUGUCUCAGAAGUGUCACGCAAAAAGAGGAAAGCUAGCACAAAGAAAUACAAGCUGGGAAAGAGGAAGAGGAGUGAAAAGGAAAAAGCUUCAAACAAGCGCCAAUCACCGAGGUGCAAAGUGAGGAGUGUUGUCUCUACGGUCUCCACCGUCAGAGACAGGAGGGGAAAAGCUGGAGGGAGCUGGGGGAAGAAGAGGAGGCAAAGGGAGAGCGUGGAGACGAGGGUGAGGAGAGCAGGGAGCAGCUGUCUGCUGGGGAGAUGUGAGGCUGAGCCAGUGUCUGUCUCUGUCAGGAAGAGGAGGCCUCACAGGAGCCACAGCAUCGACUCCCAGCACUGCAGUACCUACUCCCAUCUCAGCAGACACUCAGCAGACAGAGACACCGAGGGGGAGGGAAAGCGAGACGGAGUUGCUGUGACUUUUCCGUGGCGCUCUCACGUCUCCUUACACUCUUUCUCACCAGGAUGUAACUCAAAGCUGUUUUGGGAAAGGGGUCACCAUAGCAACCCCAGGAGUUUCAUUGACUGCUGUUACCCUGACAACAGCUGUGGUAGCAGCCCGGCGAGAAAGAGAGAACCCCCCCACAAGGACAGGAAAUUCAUUCAUGGCAUGAGGAAGAGUUCGAGGCAUCGUGAGGUCUGGGAGGAGAGGGGCCGGAACGUGGGAGGGUAUUCAGGCUGCAGAGACAGAGGCCCGAUGUCAGAUACUGGGCAGUGGGAGUGGAUGAGAGGAAACUGUCCUGGAGGUAGUGAGGAGGGAAGGUCAAGGACCGGGUUGAGAUCAAGAAACAGGGCAGUAGAGAGGGAUCAGGUGGUGAGGUUUAGCCCCAGUCCCAGCAGCUGGGCCAGGAGAAGCAGACAUCUUAGCACCGAAGAUGUAGAUUGGGACAGAUGCAGUGUGGACAGAUGGACGUGGGGCAGCAGUGACAGCUGGGAAGACAGGGGGGCACACACAUCCACAUCCGGCUCCAGGGCGGCGGCAGACAGCAGAGACGGCCUGGGCUGCGUGUGGAGAUGUACAGGCACCAGAAACUCAAGCUCCAGACACUUCUCCAGCCCUGAGUGGUGGACAAGCAGGCAGACGUACAGCCCCCAGAGUGUGAUCAACACGCGGGCCAGCAGAUGUUACAGCCCACGCUCCUGCAGCCCCUGCAGCAGCACCAGCAUGUCUGAGCUGAGCUGGGAGUGGAGCAGGAGCAGCACCUGCUCAGGAAACACAGCGGACGGGCUGACAGUGAACUCCAGCAGGACGUCUUCAGGAGCUGCAGGAAACUCAUCCGAAGCCCCUCAGGAGGCAAAGAAGCAGAGGAGCUCCACGUCCACUUCAUUUGGCCUUACCUCCACGUCCCUCCCCCAUUCCUCCCCCCUCAAAUCCUCUCUUAUUCCCACAGUUUCAGGCCUUAACGUGCACCUUUGUGAAACAAUUGCUUCACAGCUAGAAGAGCCCAAUUCACAGUCUGACCUUAGACCCUCAGCCCCUGUCACCACCAGCAGCUCAGGCACAACUCUUCCAGGACCAUCCCCCAGUAAGUCUCUGCCACAGAAACAAACCAGGACGCUGCUUCUCCCUCUUAUCGGUAAGCUACCUGCGAUCCAGAGAAGGGCCAGGAGGAAAAAGUGGCUGCUGGAGAAGAGUCAGGACAAGGAGGGAGAGGAGGAGGAGGAAGCAAAGCGAAUUGGAGCGGGUCCCGGAGCUGUCGUCGUCAGGCAGAAUCAUCCUGUUGACGUGGCUGAGUCAAACCCCAGCAGCACGCCAAAUCUCUGUCCAUCACAGAUUAGGACCGAUGACAAACAGACAGGUGGAGAGACAGCACAGCCAAUCAGCUUUACCGCUGAGGAGAUGGACAAAUAUCGCCUCCUGCAAGAGCAGGCGAGAGAGCACAUGCAGAAAGUCCUGGAACGGACGCAGGAGAGUGCGGAUACACACACGGAGACAAACUACACACACAGUGCACAGGCAGACGACCGUUUGACGUCAGAGGAACAAUACACACUGGUACCCUUGCACAACCCCCCACAGCCUCAGGCCCAGUCGAUUCACACGGACACGAUGCAAACGCAAGCACAACACGGCCUCCAGAUCAGCCUCCUGCUCCCACACGUGACCCCACAGGAGAACUUCACUCGGGCCAUGGCUCUCAGACUCCCCAGCCUCCCCCCUCUCCCAGCAUCACCCCCUCACCAGCUCCAUCACAUCAUUUUACAGCACGCAGCCCUAUCCUUGCCCCCCUCCUCCUCCUCCUCGCCUGCCUCAUCCCCUUCUCCUGCCAUGCACCCUCACCCGCUUCCGCCGAUUCACCACUCCCUCCCCCAUCAGCUUCACCUCCCCUUCUCCAUCUCCUCCCUGUUUCCCUCCAUCCUCCUGUCCCAUCACCCCAUCCCUCUCCUCCCUCAGUCGGCCGCCUUCCACGCGACCCCGCUCUCUCAGCUCUCCCCAGUAGCUCUGCAGCCCUUGAACCCGCAGCCUUUCAUGGACAGAGUGUGGCCGGUGAGGUUUCAACAGAAGGCGUUAUGAUUUUUCAGAGAGUGGCUGCCAUGUUUAUUUCUCCUCCUCGGCAACACAGACUUGGCGAGAGAAAGAGAGAGAGAGAGAGAGAGAAGGACAUUUAAGUUCGGACAAAAGCCAGCUUUUUGAAACCGGGAUAUGUCAGUGCUUGUAUCAACUCCAGCUCUUACUCACAUAUACGCUAAAAUAUUGACGGUUUUCAAAUGAAAAUGUGUUUCUCCAUUUAGCCUCUGCUGUGUUGUAGCAGCCAGCGAGAAUACAGACUUUGAUCCCUUUGCUUUUUUCAAACAUUUCUCAUUCAGGCCCAGAAUAAAGGGAAAGGUGCACCUGCUAUUCUAAGACAAGCCGGGCUCGUGUCAUCCUCUCUCUUUCCUUCUGAACCUCAGACGGACCAGCUGCCUUUUGAAGUAUCACUCAGGCAGGGAAAGUGUGGGGGCAAGAGAAAGUGGUUAUACUCUCAACCUUAUCUCCAUUUCAUACAGGUUAUCUGAGUUUGAGUGUGACUUUCAACCAACAUAAACAACAUUCCAGCGAGCGAGGGGGGCACAGUACAGUCGUUUUAACCUUGGUGUAUAUUGUAUUUGUGUGUUAGAUAGAGGUAAUAACGGAUUGAAACACACACACACACACACACACACACGCACCAUUAAGAACAGCUCAUUUCCAUAUCUCACACAUGUAAAGACCUGUUUCGUCUCUAUAGUGUAAAUAUUCUGACAGUGAGUAAUGACCUUAGAUUCACAGGAAACAAUAAUAUAAAGGGUGAAUUUAACCUCUAGCGGUAGUUCAAUGGUUAUUACACACUCUGUGGCGUCAGUGAUACAAACACUUCAGCAACUUGUCAUAUUCAUGCGUGACAUGUGUCUGUUUUCACGCAGCAUUUAAUGAAUCAGUUGUUGAGACAGUGUUGAAUGGAACUGGUCUGUUGCAUUAAACCUUGGUUGAAAACAAAUGGGCUUUAAGGCGUUUCUGUUAUUCUGUGUGAUUUGUGGCGAUUGUGCAACAUGUUGCAACAAAAUCCGCAUGAAGAAUUAAUACUCUGCGGUUUACCACUGCUCAAAGCAGAGGCACAGAAUUCCCUGGAGUCCUUUAUAAGAUCGUAGAGCGGUGGAUCCAAGCCUUUCGCUCCUAUGAUCCCCAGAUAUGACGCAAUGUCCAUGUGUGACCCUUCGUCAAAAGAUGCACGUCUAUGAAUUUAGAGCAUUGCCGCCGCAGAGGGAUCGGGCUGUUUGAUUGGAAGAUUUAGAAGCCAAAGGAGGUGUGGUUCACAAUAAAAAAAAGCAAUGAACAGAAAAUAAUAAUAAUUGUAAUUUUGUGUAAUUAAAAUUUGUUUGUCCUACAGUGGUAAUCAUUUUUGCGUCUCCUGAUCCCCAGGUUGAAAACCACUAUCCUAGUGGGUUUGAAGAAGAAAACGUUUGUUGAGAUUUGAUAUGUUUAUCUACCAAACAAUAUAUUUAAUAACAAUGUGUGCAAAGUAAUCUUAAAAUGUUAUUAAACAUGUCUAAAGUACAGAAGAAUCAUUAGUUGGAUUUACAUUCUGCCCUUUAAAAAGUACCACAUUUUGUUUGAACAAUUAUGCUGCAAGUGUUUUAUCCAAUAAAGCAAAAAUAUCCUUGACCACA